AUGACGGCGGAGCACAACAAGAAAUGGAAAUGUCUGGAGUGUGUAAGCAAGGAGCCAAAGAGCGAUAACACAAACACACCCGUCAAAUGUGAUCUACAGCAAUGUACUGGCGGCAAGCAGGACGGUAAAUUCUCUGCAAAUGUCAUAAUGCGUAAUCGCAUCGUUACAACAAGUAUUUCUCCAGCUGAACCACUGGCAAAAGUAACCGCAGAGUCGGAAUUGGUGAAUGAGCUGCGGCUGUUUAAAGAGGAGAUGAGGACUGAGAUACGGGAAUUUAAACUGAUCGUAUCUUACUUGACUGCAGCUAUCAACUGUUGUAACAGGCGCAUGGAUGAUUUGGCGGCUCGUGUGGAAGUCGUUGAACGGAACCAACUAGAUGGACCUACUACGGCCACCUCCUCUCUAGAGAAUGCAAUAUCCGAACUUAAGCUAGAGUUGAAUGAUCGUAACCAAGAGCUUCUGAGAAAUGACAUUGAGAUUGCUGGAGUGCCGGAAGAAAACCACGAGAGGUCCAUCCACCUCGCGCUGACCGUAGCAUGCAAACUUGGUUUGAAUUUAGAAGAACGUGAUAUAGUUAGCGCGGAGCGAGCAGGCCCGAUAAGGCACAUGGAAGAAGUUAGAACGCGCCCGCGCCCGAUCGUAGUGCGGCUCGCUCGUCGCUUGCACCGUGAUCAGUUGUUAGCGGCCGCGCGUGUGCGCCGCGGGACGACUACUAUGGGUUUAGGGGUCGAUUCUGACAAGCAUCGAGUCCACAUUAAUGAGAGGUUGACACGCACGAACCGGCAACUCUUCUACAAAGCGCGCGGAGAAGCUUUGCGUGCUCAUUGGAAAUAUGUGUGGACGCGAGACGGGAAGAUUUUUGCACGUAAAGAGCACGGUUCGUCACGAUAUCGCUUGCGUUCAGACAAAGAUUUAUGUACUGUUUUUGGACAAUAA